GUCAAGAGCGGAAGACGCAAGAGUGAAGACAAAAAGAGCUCAACGGUCGCCACACCUAGGGGUGCGCGCUCUAUGGAUUUGAGCCCAGUAGCCAACAAGCCGUUUGGCAUGUCCCAGCCCGUCCUCAGCGUUAACCCCGACAAUGAAGAUCAUUCGGACAGCUCGGGAUCGCCCAGUCAACACGACAGCCGACCAACAAGCUCUAUUCAUCCUGUGCAGCCCUUUAGCGAGGUUUCCGGUCAGCGGCCGACUUUUCCAAUCGCCUCGAGUUCCACUCCCGAUUGCAACACGCAGUCCCAUGGCAUUCUCGGGCUUCCAGCUGUUGCUUUGGGCCCGACUCAAGUGGCACUAGACGGUAUCCCCCGGCCUGAGCAUUCCACAAACCCAUUCCGUUCGCGCUAUAUGCCCCCCAAGAAGGACAUCACUCCCUCUAACGGGGUUACGCCGAGCAAGAGUGAAGUUUCUAAUGUGACGGAGUCCACGUCGCGGAGCUCUUCAGAUGUGAGUAUU